AUGAAUAUUAAAUUAUCUUUCUUUAUCAUUUUACAAUUACUUAGUAUCUACUAUGUAACAGCUGCACCACCAAGUAAUAUCUACUCUUAUACGGUUGACUCUACCGACACCAACUUUGUAAUGACAGUUGUCAACAUUGCAACGGGAGCAGUCAAUUCUACGACACUACCUAUUUUCCAAAAUGGUAUGUGGUUUGAUAGAUUCUUGGGUGUUGAUGAUAAUGAUAAUUUUCUCAUUUUAGUAGAGAAUAAAAAAGGUGCACUUGGAGUGGCCACGAUUUCACCAGCUGGAGAAUUAUUAAAUGCUCCAGUGUAUGCAGGUCCAAUUGCGACAAGUUAUCAAUGGUACUAUACCUCUUACCAGUAUGAUAGCGGUCGUGACGCAGUCUACUUUGUAGUGAGUGGCCUUCGAAUCUUUGUCUAUGAUUUAGCCAAUUCAUCCACCGAUAUUGUUCAACUAUCUGGCAUGCAAGAUAGAUUCCAUAACACCCCAAAUGGUUGUUUUGAUGGUGUAGACAGCUAUUAUGUCUUGGAUAUCACGGAUGACAACUUUAGCAAAUUCCAACUAUCUCGUUACUCAUUUGCCGAUCAAAAACAACACGAUACGUUAAACGUGACUGGUAUUGCACCCAACUCUGAUACCUAUCUUUUCUGCGCCAACAAACAAGUCUAUGCUCUUGCCUAUAAUAUCAUCGACACUACCUCUUUGUCAUUGUACCUUUUAGAUACCGAUCAAGCCUCUGCCACUCUAUCAUACCAAGUCCAAGAUACCGGUAUCCAAAACUCACUCAACCUCUGGUUCAGUGACAAUUACUUUGUCUUGCCAAUCCUUUCGUCUGACAACCAUUACUAUUUGACCACCGUAGACCUUAACACCAACCAAGUUGUUUCAAAGACCGAGGUCAAAGGUCCAUUUACCUCCAAUCCAGAUAUAUCAGGAGUCUAUUAA